UCUUGGGAUCCCUUAGAUCCUCGCUGGGCGUCUGUGAACAGAGGAGUUCUGAUAUGUGAUGAGUGCUGCGGUGUUCACCGCAGUCUGGGUCGCCACAACUCACAAGUGCGGCAUUUGUCAAACACAGCCUGGCCGCCCACCCAGCUACAGAUGGUUCAGACACUAUACAACAAUGGUGCUAAUGCAAUAUGGGAGCACACUCUGCUGGACCCGUCAUCCAUCACGAGCGGCAAACGCAAACCCAAUCCUCAGGAUAAAGUCCACCCUAACAAAACAGAGUUUGUAAAAUCAAAGUAUCAAAUGCUGGCUUUCGUCCAUCGUUUACCCUGUCGAGAUGACGACACUACAGCAGCCGCUGAUCUAAGCAAGCAACUUCACUCCAGCGUCAGAACCGGCAAUCUUGAGACUUGUUUGCGGUUACUGUCGCUUGGGGCUCAAGCCAACUACUUCCACCCGGAGAAAGGGAACACCCCGCUGCACAUCGCAGCUAAAGCAGGCCAAGUGUGCCAGGCUGAGCUUCUCUGUGUUUAUGGGGCAGACCCUGGUGCUCCUGACUCCAGCGGCAAAACGCCCAUCCACUAUGCAAGGCAAGCUGGCCAUCAGGACCUGGCAGACAGACUGGUGGAAGUACAGUAUGAGCUCACAGACAGGCUGGCCUUCUAUCUCUGUGGGCGGAAGCCUGACCACAAGAAUGGACAGCAUUUCAUUAUACCGCAGAUGGCGGAUAGAAAUGUCAGUCUGGAGUUAACGGAGUUUGCAAAAGCUGCAAAAAGAAAACUGCAGUCUCUCAGUGAUCAUUUGUUUGAGGAACUGGCGAUGGAUGUGUACGAUGAAGUGGAUCGAAGAGAGACAGAUGCAGUUUGGCUGGCCACUCAGAACCACAGCACCUUGGUAACGGAGACAACAGUUGUACCUUUCCUUCCUGUAAACCCAGAGUACUCAUCAACACGAAACCAGGGAAGACAAAAGCUGGCAAGGUUUAACGCUCAUGAAUUUGCCACACUUGUGAUUGAUAUUCUAAGUGAUGCAAAGCGACGCCAGCAGGGGAGUUCAGUCUCAAGUCCUAAAGACAAUGUUGACGUAUUCUUCAAAAGCGUGGGUAGUCGUCAUGGAAGUGAAAGCCAGGAAAUGGACCAGCCAGACUAUGACAGUGUGGCGUCCGAUGAGGACACGGACACUGAUUUACGAGUGAGCAAAGCAGACAGAGCUAAGAGUCUGGACUCUGAUCUGUCCGAUGGACCGAUUUCUGUGCAGGAGUUUCUGGAGGUGAAAAAUGCGCUUUCAGCCUCCGAAGCCAAAAUUCAGGAACUGAUGAAGACCAACAGUAAUCUGAGUGAGGAGCUGAGAUUGAUGCAGAAAAAGCUGCAGUCUCUGCAAAGCGAGAACAGCUCUCUCAGGCGGCAGGUGUCCACUCAACAGCCCUAUCAGGCCCCCGGCGGCCCUGACCACCCCAAUCCCUCCAGCCCCUCCUCCUCUUCCUCCUCCUCUGCCCUGAAACGCCACCUGUCUGCACGGGCGAGCCGCCCCAUGUCUAUGUAUGAAACCGGCUCUGGUCUGAAGCCCUUUCUCCCCAAGGGAGAGACCCCUUAUCCUGAGGAGACCUUCCCCACCCUGCAACCCUUCCCAACCUAUGCCUCCAAAUUUGACAAGCAGAGCAGUGUGUCUGAUGGUGACUAUGACAACACGGUUAACGAAUCUGAUCUGGAUGACUCUGGCUUUGGCCGAAGAUGUCGUCUGCGCAGCAGCGGCUGGAUGGGAGAGAGCGGCUCUAUACCUGAGCUGGAUGAUCACGAGAGUGAGCCUGACCCCAGUCUGCCCAGCACUGACGACGUCAUCCGUAAAACCGAGCAGAUCACCAAGAACAUCCAGGAACUGCUGAGGGCUGCGCAGGAGAACAAGCAUGAGAGUGCACCAUGUGAGCAGAGGGAGAGUGUCCGCAGACUUAGACACAGUCUGGGUUGUUUCAGCACUCUGGUGCCUUGGGCAGACAAGCCCCCGUCUCCCAUGCAGUCCCUCGGCCUAAGAGCUCCCCACCCAGCCAACCCCAACAACCCUGCCUCCUGCUUUAUACCCUGCGCAGAAAGAAUACAUGUGGCUGUGAAUGAAAUGGCUGCCCUGUUCCCCAAGAGACCACGCUCUGAGACGGUGAGGAGCUCUUUGCGAUCGUUAACGUCCAGCGCAAACCGGCUGCAGAGUGAGUGUAAGAAAGCGCCUCCUCUGGAGAGCAGCCCUGCAGCCGAUGUGCAGUUGGUCACCCAGCAGGUCAUCCAGUGCGCUUAUGACAUCGCCAAGGCUGCGAAGCAACUUGUUACCAUAACCACCAAAGAGAACAACAACUGAUCCUGCUUCCACCCAUUUCCACCUGUAAUGCAACCCUGGUAUUAUUUUAUCAGUAAUUAUUAGGUAUGUCACAUGAGUUUUAAUUUUUUUUUAUCUAAGGUGUAUUUGCAUGUUUUUAUUUUUAAUUUAAUGUGUCUGUUGUCAGUGUUGUUUGGUUUGAAGCCAUAAGUUAAAGCCUGAAAUGCUCUCAAGGGUUGUGUAAGGAUGUGUAUAUGUGUGGACCUGUGAAAGUGUAUUUGACUAGAUGGCAGUUGAGAUGCUGUGGAUUGAGAAGGAUUUGAGCAGAAAUGAAUCAGCAAUAGAGCAGCCAAUCACGUACUAAAUAUUCAGUAAAUGCCUGACUCUUUGCACUAUUCUGAAAACUUUGACUGCUUUUACCUCUUCAUAUUCAAACAUUAUUAUUUUUUUUGUGGUUGUCUGUGUUGUUUUUGAAUUAUGUUAAAAUCGAGCUUUUUUCAAUAAUCUCAGUUAAAUAUAUAAUGUAUAAUAAAUAAAAUCUAUUGUACAAAACAUUCAGUUAAUGAGGUCAGGUAGGCCUAGUUUAGGUACAGAUACAAUAAACUUGUAAUUAUAAAGAUGUCAAAUUAAGUAUGAAUUAAAAAAGAUUAUUUCAUUUCAUGCCCAAGGUAAAUGCCUUUUUCUCGGUUAGAUAAAUAAGGUGGCUAUAAUUCAGAUUUACAGUGUGCAUUAGGGGUCGACCAAUUAUCGCCGUUGAUAUUAAGCAAUUUUAUGGUUAUCGGUAUCGGGUCAUUUUCAAAACUGAUU